UGCACAAGAAAUGUUCCCAGAGACUUCGCUUUGCAAAAGACCACCCCCCUUUUCUUCUUCUUCUUUUUAAAAAAGAAAAGAAACCACGCCUCUUGAGGGGGAAAGUUUAUGUGAAAUGCUUAAAAAAAAAGGCAGAGAGGAAAAAAGAACCACGCAAAAAUAAACACAACAAACAAACGGCUGGAACGAGUAAGACGCGAUGUUGUUUGCAACGCGGCCGGGGGCUCCUGCAACCGUUUUUUAAAAAUUAUUUCUUGUAAAUUACUUUAUUUUUUUUCUUUAAAAAAAAUGCACGAUGGCGAGAAGGACCCCCCUACCCCCACCCCCGGAGAAUUCCUGCGCAUACUUGGGAAGUCGCUUCUUCUUUUUUUGUACUGAGAUGCGGCGGGGGGCUCUCUCGUUGAAUCCGACGGGCCGGCCGGAUUCCUGGGCCUGAAAGUUUGGCGUCGCAACCAUCACCCUCGGCUUUCCUUCCUUCCGCUUCUCCAGCCAUCGGGCUCUCCUUUCUUCUCCUGGGAAGGAAAAGGAACAGAAGUCCGGGUCGCGGGUGCUGGGGAAACGGCGGCUGGACCUCCUCUCCGGGAGCCUGGAUCGAGCAAAAGGAACAAGCGAAUCUGCAAGGCUGCGAUCUCUCCCUUCCUCCCCUUUUUUUGCAUUGUUGCAAAAUCCAGCGCGGGCUGCUGCAGCCGUCCACCCGCCCCGCUUAAAACUGAACUGCAAAACUGUGCGAACUUGCCUGGAAGUUUGGCUACUGCAAGAUCUGCCUCUCUCUCUCUCUCUGCCGCUUCCACCCCCCACCCCCCCAAAAGGCCGUCCCCCACUUUCUUUGCACGGCGGAAAGGAAGCGCGGAUGGGCGCCGGCGCGGUGCCCCGGACGGUUUAGAGAGAGGGGGAGCCAGGAAGGGGGCAAUUCCGGGGGUGGCUUUGGAAAGCAGGGCGCGUAAAAACAAUGGCGGAGGGGGAGGCCGGGAGGAGAAGUACCCUUUCCCGGAGCGCCUCGUGCAAGCGCCUCGAGAAGUGGAUCGGGCCCGAGGAGCGGGCCGGAGGAGGCGGCGGCAUCGGCGGCCCCCGGGGGGAGCAGGAGGCGGCGGCGCGCCCGGGCGCCCAGCCGUGCCAGGGUCAGCCUCCAAGUGCCAGGGCGCAGCAGCCGCCGCCGCCGCCGCCGCCAGCGCAGCUCAUCGGACGGCGAUCGCCCAGCCGAGCUGCUUCGUUCAGCGUCUCCCGCAACGUCGGUAAGCUCUCGUCUUCCUCGCCUUCUCCCGGGCCGGAUCCUGCUCCUCCGACGCCGCUGCCGGGCGGCCGAGCCCUGCGGAGCCUGUCGCCGUCGGUGCGCCAACUUUCGCGGCGCUUCUGCGCGCCCCAGAGCGAGCCGGGCGCGGGGAGAGGCUCCUCCACCUCCACCUGCGCCGGGGCCAGGGAAGAUCAGUCGGCUCGGCCCGCCGAUGAGACGCCGCCAGCCGCCGCCGAGCAGCAGCAGCCUCCUCCUCCGCCGCCUCCUCGGGCGAAAGGACUGAGCGAGCCCCCCAAAGGCGGAGACACGGCGCUCGACUGGCCCAGCGUGACCGAGAUGCGCAAACUUUUCGGAGACGGGUUCCGACGGCAGCAGCAGGGAGGCCCCCGAGGCGACGCCGUCGAGGAAGGCGCGGGAUCGCGCGCCCCCCAAGACCAAGCCGGGGAGCUGGGGCACCUGCCAGGCAGCAUGGACGGCGCCCAGGCGCCCGGGCGGAGGGAGGAAGAAAGGCCCCGCGUCGCGGAGCAGCGCCGGGAGGCCCCCCCGACGCCUCCCCCGCGCAGCUGCAUCCCCUUUCGGACCCACCGCCUGCCCGCCGGGGGCGCCCCAAGGACCGAGGCGGAGAAGUUGCCGCAGCCGCAGCAACUUCGGGAGAGUUUACAUUCCUGGCAUAGUUGGACGCUGCUGCCAGCUGCCUGCUCGUCCUCUUCUUCUUCCUCCUCCUCCUCUCCAGCCGUCCUUCUCCUGGGCGAAGGUGGAAGCAGCAACUUCAGGCCAGGGGAGAUCUCCAGCAGCGAGGAGGAGCUGAUGGCCAGGCCCAAGGGGGGCCCCCAGCCGGCUGCCUGCUCUCCCCCUGGCGGCAACGGCUGGCACGGAUCGCCCCACGAGAGGUCCUCGGGAAGCGAGGAGGAGAACCGCCUGGCUGCCCCCAGGAAGCGCUCCCUGCGGAAGAAAAAGAAGGAUCCCUUGCCCCAAGAACAGGCCCCGGGCAGCGAUGGGCUGGUGGCAGGGAUGGAGUGGUACCUCAAGGCCCAGGAGGACCUGGCGCAGACUCUCUCCCUGCCCACUGAGGAGAGGACUAGGCUGUCUUCCGAGGUCAAGGCCUCAGCCACCGGCAGCUUGCUGGGCGAGGCCAAAGCUGCAGGCGAGGGGCCCAUGCUCGUGGGUCGAGGGCUGCUGGAAGGCAGCAGCAGCAGCUCUCUGCUCAGCACUCACGGGCCCCUCUCCUCGGCGCCCACUCUUCCGCUCGUCUCCCGAGUCUCCAAAGUGAACAUCCCCCCUUUCUCCCCGAGCCCCUGCGGGUCGCGAAGCAGCAGCAGGUAUUCUAGCACCGAGACGCUGAAAGAGGAGGACCACUUUGGGGCCUCCUGGCCUGGUCAAGGCAGGGGUCCGCAAGGGGGUCCGGGCCUCUUCCGGUCCCCGAGCUUCAACCAAAGCGACAGCCUCGCUCGGCUGCAGGCUCAGGUCCGCCCCCGCCCCAAGUUCCCCGUGGGGAUCGUCCGAGCCAAGCAGGACUUCCCUCCGUACGAGAACCUGCGCGGCGUCAGCCUGGAGGAAGCGGAGAAGUCCAGGAACAGAAAGUCCAUGUCGAACCCGGACAUUGCGACGGAGACGCUGGCGCUGCUCAGCUUCCUGAAGUCGGACCUCUUGGAUCUGAAGGCAAGCAGGAAGGACAGCAGGGCCGGCCAAGUCGAGGAGGAGGAGGAGGAGGAGGAGGAAGCCCUUGGUGGCGGCAGGUGCAGAAGUUACCAGUAUGGCUUGGCCGGACAGCAGCUGGUAGGUAGAACGCAAAGCGAGGCUCAGCCACCAAACCGCUGGGCACCGGGCGGCAGCCGCCCGACUCUGAAAGACCUCACGGCAACCCUGAGGCGGGCCAAGUCUUUCACCUAUUCGGACAAACCUGUUCCCCGCAGGCUCUUCCACCAGAGCGCGAUGAAGCAGAGCUCCUCCGAGCUCCUCCUCACUAACGCCGGCAGCCAAGAUGCCGUUUGCGGCCGUGAAAUUGGCCGAGGUGGCGAGGACGGCGAGUUGCCGGUCGUCAUCCAAGACCAGUACAUCCAAGAAGCCAGGCAGGUCUUCGAGAAGAUAAGCAAGAUUGGCUCCCAGCACGAUUACAACUUCGGUCUGGAGCAAAAGGACGUCGGAAGUGCGGAAGGCCAAGGAGAGGAUUUGGAAACGUGGAAGGAGGGAGCUGUGGAAGAACGCAGUGGGCAGGGCUUGCGGAAGGUGGACUCCGAAGGGAAGCUGUCUGGCGGGAAGUCCUUGGAGGAACUCUCGGGCCCCGAAUCCAGCAUGACGGACGAAGGCAUUGUAACCGAGCCCGAAACGGGCCCUGCCUACAGUUACCUUAACCCGUCGGUUGUGGCCUGGAAGCAUCAAAGAGGAAGCGAAGGCGGCCUGUCCGCGGUGAGCCUUCCAAACCACACAGCCAAAACGAACAGCGAGAAGUUGGGCGCCGCGGAAGAGGCCCUUCCCAACGCCAAGACUGCGCUGGAGGCACCUUCUACGCCCAGUGCUCUCAGACGGCGUAGGAAGUUCCCAUCGGUGGGGAACGGCGCCUCCGAGUCCAGUACUGGGAGCAACAGCGAGUCCAAUGGAGAGGCCUACCGGUCCUUGAGCGACCCCAUGCCGCAGAGAAGGUGCUCCCUCACGGAUGACGCAAAUAACUUCUCCGUGGACAGUAACCUCCUGGGGUCGCUGAGCUCCAAGUCGGGGAUGCCGGAGGCUUCUGCCGUUGCGCUCUCCGAGUGCACCGCCAGCGCUGCCAGCGACCUGUCGGUCUGCAGCGAAGGCGUCAAAGACUACAGCACCGUGAUCCAGAACAUCGUCAGCCAGCCCGGUGCCCUGGACAAAGUGAUCGAUGAGAAGGGCAACGGGAAGACCAUCAAGAAGAAGUCAUUCAGUGACCCCAGCCGCCGCGGAGAGCUGGCCGGCGCCGGCUUCGACGGCCCCGGGGAGCCCAUCAGCGAGAUGGACCAGAGUAUCCCUCCGUCCAGCAGCGAGCCCAUCCUGUCGGACCAGGUGAGGGAGGCAGACGGGGGGGAACUCUACUCCCAGUCCGAACACAUCCUGCCGGUGGCUCCAGAGGGUGACACGGCCGACGUGGCUCCGAGCUACGGCUUCGACCCUAAGCUGGCCGAGGUGCUGUCCCCCAGGAUCGUCCGCCGAAGCUCGAAGAAGCGCAGCAACAGGGCCAGCUCGCAGGAGGGCAGGGUGGAAGAGCCCGACCUGCCCCCCGCCGUCGCCCCUUCCGUUCUGGGGAGAGCCAGGCCGCCCUCCAAGCACACGCGCCACGCCAGCGAGCCUGCCACCUUCCUUCCCAUCGCGGGCGCCAUCCCACCCCCUCUGUUGAGCCAGAACGUCCACGGGGCCACGCCGGACCUCUCCCGCCUGCUCACGAAACCCUACCCAGUCCUCCCAACCCCUUCGUUGGAGGAUGUUACUAAACACUACAUCUUGGCCCUCGGCUCCGGUGAGCCACCCUCUGCCAGCUCGGUGGAUACGCCCAGAUCCUCACCCACCACGUCUGAACCCAAGCUGCCCAGGUGUCCGAAGCACCACGAGGAGCCGGGCGCCGGCCUCGCCAGGAGCAAGCCACAAGUGGAUAUGAGGAAACAUGUGAUUAUGACACUCCUGGAUACUGAACAGUCGUACGUGGAGUCGCUGCGGACCCUGAUGCAGGGUUACAUGAAGCCCUUGAAGCUGCCGGAAAAUGCCAUCCUCUGCGAUCCCGCCCUGGUGGACGAGAUCUUUGAUCAGAUCCCCGAGCUGCUGGAUCACCACGAGGAGUUCCUGGAGCAGAUUUCCGAGUGCGUGCAGAGCUGGAGUGAGAAGCAGAAAGUGGGAGACAUCCUGGUGCAGUCUUUUUCCAAAGACAUCCUGGUGAACAUUUACUCCGCCUACAUCGACAACUUCCUCAACGCCAAAGAUGCUGUGAGGAUCGCCAAGGAAGCCAGGCCAGCGUUUAUGAAGUUCCUGGAGCAAAGCAUGAGGGAAAACAAAGAAAAGCAGGCGCUUUCAGACCUCAUGAUCAAGCCGGUUCAGCGGAUUCCGCGCUAUGAGCUUUUGGUCAAGGACCUUCUGAAACACACGCCCGAAGCCCACCCCGACCACCCGUUCCUGAUGGAAGCUCAGAGGAGCAUCAAACAGGUGGCUGAGAGGAUCAACAAAGGGAUGAGGAGCGCAGAAGAGGUGGAACGAAACGCCCGGAUAGUGCAAGAGAUCGAGUCGCAUAUAGAAGGAAUGGAGGAUCUUCAGGCCCCGCUGCGGAGAUUCUUGCGCCAGGAGAUGCUAGUGGAACUGAAGGCCGUGGGUGGGAAGAAGGACCGCUCGCUUUUCCUCUUCACGGACCUGCUCGUCUGCACCACCCUGAAACGCAAGUCGGGGUCUCUACGGCGAAGCUCCAUGAGCCUUUACACAGCGGCCAGUGUGAUCGACACAGCCAGCAAGUACAAAUUGCUCUGGAAAUUUCCGCUGGAAGACCUGGACAUUGUGAAAGGGGCUUCACAAUCGCCCAAUCGCGAGAGCAUCCAGAAAGCCAUCUCUCGCCUGGAUGAGGACCUCAGCACCCUUGGCCAAGUUAGCAAGCUUUCAGAGACCCUCAGCUUCCCCCAUCAGAGCCUGGACGACGUCAUUAAGGACCUGAUGGCUGCCAUCCACCGUGAAUUGGCGGAGAAGCAGUCGCUUUCCUUCACCCAGUCUUUCCCGCCCAACAAAAUGGAGCUCACAGCAACCAAGGCCGACGGCACGGAGUCCUACAUCUUCGAGUUCCCCAACCCAGAUGCGCGCCACAGCUUUGAGCAAGCCUUUGAGGACACCAAGAAGAAACUAGCUUCCUACAAAAACUGCCUGGACCCUGAGUUCCUGAAGGCGAUUCCCAUCAUGAAAACGAGGAGCGGAAUGCAGUUCUCUUGCGCCUCGCCCAGCCACAGCAACCCGGAGAACGCCUACGAGGUCUGGGUGUGCAACAGCGACGGCUACGUCGGGCAGGUCUGCCUCCUCAGCGUCAAAAAGGAGCCCAUCGUCGAGGCCUGCAUCGCUGUCUGCUCUGCCAGGAUCCUCUGCAUGGCCUCUGUGCCAGGCCUCAAGCGAAGCUUCCGGGAGCGUCCCGAACCUCUGGCCAGCCCUUCCUCAGAACCGGUUCACACAUCGAUGGACGAGUCUGGCCCCCAGCAGUGCUUGCAUAUCUCCAUUUCUGGGUCUUCCCUGGAGCUCUCGGACCCAGUGGACAGCACCAACCGAGAACUGGUCCCCUUCGACAGCGACGACACGGAUGACGAGUCCUCGCCGAGUCCUUCCGGCACCCUCCAGAGCCAAGCCAGCCACUCCACAAUAUCUUCCAGCUUUGGAAAUGAGGAGAUCCCGAGCUCUAAAGACGCAACGGCCGAGACAACCAGCUCGGAAGAGGAGCAAGACCCCGCCGGCUUCCUCCCCAUUGCCACCACUUUCGCCCAGAACAGCGACAGCUCCAUGGACGGCCGGGCGUUGAGGCGGUCAAGUCGAGGGUCGUUCACCAGAGGCAGCCUGGAGGACCUGUUGAGCAUCGACCCGGAGGCCUAUCAGAGUUCCAUGUGGCUGGGGACAGAGGAUGGCUGCAUCCAUGUCUACCAAUCCUCGGACAACAUCCGCAACAGGAAGAAUAGCAUGAAGAUGCAACAUUCGGCCUCUGUGACAUGCAUUUUGUAUCUAGAUAACCAGGUGUUUGUAUCGCUGGCGAACGGAGAGCUCAUUGCCUACCAGAGAGAAGCCGGACGCUUUUGGGACUCUCAGAACUCCAAAUCCCUCUCUCUGGGCUCUCCCGGCAGCCCUGUGACCAAAAUGGUGGCCGUGGGUGGCAAGCUUUGGUGCGGAUGCCAGAACCGUGUUGUCGUCCUUAGCACAUCCUCAUUGCAGCAAGAGCACUCAUUUCACGUCGGGCAGGACAGCAACCGCAGCCUCACGUGUAUGGUGAGCUCCUUGGCGGGGGUCUGGGUCACCCUUCAGGGCAGCGCCCAGGUGAGGCUCUACCACCCUUCCAGCUACGAGCAGCUGGCCGAAGUGGACGUCACGCCUCCGGUCCACAAGAUGUUGGCAGGCUCAGAUGCCAUCAUCCGCCAGCACAAGGCCGCUUGCUUGAGGAUCACCGCCAUCCUGGCCUGCAAGGACCUGCUGUGGAUCGGCACCAGCGCUGGAGUGGUCCUGACUCUGCCCAUGAUGUCCAACUCCGCCUCCUUGAAGACCCCGCCAUCGCCAGUGGGCCUCUCCCAGGGACACACGGGCCACGUCCGGUUCCUCACGUCCAUCGAGCUGCCGGAAGGUUUCGACAUCCUCUUUCCCUUGCCCAGGGAUCCAGGUACAGAAAAGUCCAACGACUUGGAGAAGCGGGACUCCACAAGGCACAGGCCCCCCAAAUCCAAGAUGCUCAUCAUUAGCGGCGGCGAUGGUUACGAGGACUUCCGGCUCACCAACAGCAGCGAGACAGUGGGGAGGGAUGAUAGCACAAACCACCUGCUCCUCUGGAGGGUCUGAUGAGCGAGCUGCGGAACAGGGCGAACCCCUCCGGAGGGGGAGAAGCCGGGAGAGAGAGAGAGAUAUUGCGUCCCAUCCUCGCCGUCCCCACACGGACGCGUCCCCGUGUCUCGUCUCCCACCCUGAAUGUCUCAUGCGCAGGGUCGCCUUCCUGGAUCCGCCGCGCGGAGUUAGCGGCGCGCUUCGGGGCGGGUCGCGUGCGGAACCUCCAGAACGCAAAUCCAUGUUGCACGACUUGCGCUUGCUGCUGUGUCUUGAGUGUGUGGGAGGCGCGUGUGCUCAGUGAGCGAGAGGAGGAGGAGGAGAGAUUAGGUGCAGCCGCCCUGAUACGCCAAGCCCCAUUCAAAUGGGACUGGGGGAGAGAGAGAAACCAUUUAGGAAUUCAGACCUGCUUAGGAAAGGAUUGCCUGCUAUGUGUGUGUCGCUUGGUUAGAAACACCCAGCUCAACCGAGGAGUUGUUGAAUGUCGUUGUGUCUCCGUUUUCGUCCGCUGAGGCCCCCGAGUCCAGAGAAUGGGGGCAACUUCCCCCCAUUCUCACCGAACACGAUCAUUUUUCUCCUCCUCUUUGGUUUCUCCUCGCCUUCGUCCAUCGGAUACGGAUGCAGAGCUACUCCACUCAGUGCCACAUUCAUGCAAGCCCCGCUCACCAGAACCAGACACUGCGCACCAUCGUCUCGCCAACUUUUGCGAGGCACACCGCCGUCAGCAACCAGAUAACUUGGGGGGUGGGGUGGGUGUCUGUUCAUGUAUAAAUUACCUUUAUUUAUUGCUGGCUUGGAGGAGGAGCUGCUCCAGAAAGGGGAAGGUGGACUGGUGCUGUUUCUGAGCAAUUUCCAAAGAGAAUGGGGUGGGGGUGGGGGUGGAGAGCAGUUUUGCUCCUUUGUCAUGGUCAGAGAACCCCCUGAGUCUGGGCUCAGUUGUGAUAACCGCAGGGUUGUUCCCGCACAUCAGUGUUCGAAGAAGGAAGGCUGUGUUGGGUUGCGGUGUUGAUGUUGGUCGCUACCCAAGAUGGCGACUGGAGUCUGUGUCUGCUGAGGAGGAAGGGAAGAGAGGUUGGGCGUGGAGAAAGCCCGUUAUUGAUUUUGGGGGGGGGAGUUUAAGGGGCAGCAGAGACAAAAUACAAGAAUCUUGACAGGAUAAUUGUGCAAUAUUGUGAAGCAUUCCCCACCAACCCUGCACAUGUCGGGAGGCCGCACCACAAAGGCCUCAUCCGUUACCACGGCAACCAUACUCCAUGUUGUCAGGGGGUGGUGGGAACCUGGCUGGGCAGGAGUUUGCAUUACCUUGGUCUUCUACCUUGUACAGUAUUUAUGAUUUAUUUGUUGUGGUUUUUUGUUUUUUUGUUUGUUUUUUUUAAAAAAAGAAAACCUAGCUACCGUUUGUGGAGGGAGGCAGCGAGUUGAACCGUUAGCGGCGCUUAAUUUAAUCGAGCUCAUAAUCUUCCAUUGUGAGAGGGAUAGAUUCGCCUCAGAGACCGAAAGGUCUCCACAGGCAGAUUGAAGGCCGUCCUUAAAACCUUGAACAAAGUUAGAUCCCCCACUAGCAUCGUCGUGAACAUGGUUGAGGGGUGGGGAGAAAGUGGGGUGAAUUUCACUAGCACCACGGGACGUUUUCUGGGGGACAUGUCAGUCGUUGGGUUUCCUUCAAAGAUUCCUGAAGGAGUACGAACCGUGGCCUGAUCCUGCAAGGAACCUCUCGGCUGCCCAGUCCUCUGCACGUUUACUCAGAAGUACAUCCCCACUGAAUUUCAGUGGUGCUUACUCCCAGGUAAGUGUGAGUGAGAUUUUAGCCUUCAUGCUCUGAGGCAAGAGUUCUUACUCGGGGUCUCAUUAAACCCGCCUUUGCCCAACUUCGCCUGGUAGGUCUGGUGCGAGUUGGAAGUCCGAAACAUCCGGAGAUGCGUGUUGACCAAAGGCACGCGUUGCAUGCACAGUUGUGUUGUCGAUUUAAAAUGAAUUGGGAGGCCGCUGGCAUUCCAAUAACCAGAUGAAUAGGCCAUGCAUUCUAGAAGCCGGCCCACCUCCCUUUGAGCAUUGCCAAGGGUGGGGAAAGGGUUUUGGGGGGGGCAAGAUGUCAAACCAGUGUCCCCUCCUCCGAAGUGAAGGUGAAGCAUCUCAUGUCUCCACUCAAUAUCCCCAACUUCCCCCAAGACAGGAAUACAGCUGAUACCUCGAACCAAGAGUUAAAGGUAAAGGUAAAGGGACCCCUGACCAUUAGGUCCAGUCGUGACCGACUCUGGGGUUGCGCGCUCAUCUCGCAUUACUGGCUGAGGGAGCCGGUGUAUAGCUUCCAGUCAUGUGGCCAGCAUGACAAAGCCGCUUCUGGCGAACCAGAGCAGCACAUGGAAACGCCGUUUACCUUCCCGCUAUAGCGGUUCCUAUUUAUCUACUUGCAUUUUGAUGUGCUUUCGAACUGCUAGGUUGGCAGGAGCUGGGACCAAGCAACGGGAGCUCACCCCGUCACAGGGAUUCGAACCGCCGACCUUCUGAUCAGCAAGCCCUAGGCUCAGUGGUUUAGCCCACAGCGCCACCUGGGUCCUGGGAAUACAGCUGAUACCUCGAACCAAGAGUUAGGUCUCCCUAUAAACACAUACAUAGUGUUGCUUAUGCACCAACGCUGGGUUCCGAUGAAGACAUUAAAGAAAAGAAUUAUUCUCAGCUGGAUGCUAUCCUAUCAGAGACGCCUAAAGAGGAUAAUUUUACCCUCCUGGGUGAUUCCAAUGCAAGAGUUGGCCGAGGUGUCAAUCGGUGGCCUGGAACUAUUGGGAAAGAAGAAAUUGGCAACAGCAACCAGAAUGGAAUAUUACUUUUGACUAUACAGUGGUACCUCUGGUUCAUAGCUGCCAAGUUUUCCCUUUUCUCGCGAGGAAGCCUAUUCAGCAUAAUGGAAUUUCCCUUUAAAAAAGGGAUAACUUGGCAGCUAUGCUCUGGUUAUGAACUUAAUUCGUUCCGGAGGUCCGUUCUUAACCUGAAACCGUUCUUAACCUGAGGUACCACUUUAGCUAAUGGGGCCUCUCGCUGCCGCCGGCGUGCGAUUUCUGUUCUCAUCCUGAGGUAAAGUUCUUAACCCGAGGUACUACUACUGGGUUAGCAGAGUCUGCAACCCCAAGUGUUUGUAACCCAAGGUACCACUGUAUGUGCAGCGCACAACCUUGUUAUUGCCAACACACUCUUUUGACAAAAAAAUAAAUUCAGAACAUCAUGGAGGCACCCUCGGUUGAACCACUCACACCGCUUAGACUAUGUGAUUGAGCUGAAGAUCGCUGUGAUGUGCGAACAGAGUUAUGACGAGUGUCAAUGACUUCUGGACACAUCACUGAUGAUGGCUAUCAAUAUUGUACCUCAACGCAGGCUUUAAGAAGGGAAACCAAGGCGCCAAAUGAACACUCAAGCCCUUCAAGAUUGUAUUAAGUGGGACAGCUUCCAGAGGACCAUCUGCUUUCAGAAUUCCCUGAUAACAUUGAGGAACACUGGACCAAGCUAAAAACAUCCAUUAUUGCAGCCUGUGAACAAACUAUUAAAUACCAAACCGAGAAACACAAGGACUGAGAGUGGCAGUGAGAUUGGACACAUUCUGGACAAGAAAAGGAAGGCCUUUAAGUUCUGGCAAGGAGAUAGAAACUGUGCCACUAAGAAAAAAAUUAUGUCAACGCUAAGGCUGAGGUUCAAAGAAGAACCAGAGAACUAAAGAACACCUGGUGCAUAAAAAAAGCUCAAGAGAUCCAGCACUUGGCCGACACUCAUGAUGCACAGAGUUUCUUUAAAGCCACAAAGACCCUCUAUGGGCCAAUAAAUCAUGACAUAUGCCCCCUAUGCCAGGGGUCAGCAAACUUUUUCAGCAGGGGGGCGGUCCACUGUCCCUCAGACCUUGUGGGGGGCCGGACUAUAUUUGGGGGGGGGGAUGAACGAAUUCCUGUGCCCCACAAAUAACCCAGAGAUGCAUUUUAAAUAAAGGACACAUUCUACUCAGUAAAAACAUGCUGAUUCCCGGAUCGUCCGCGGGCCGGAUUUAGAAGGCCAUUGGGCCGCAUCCAGCCCCCGGGCCGUAGUUUGGGGACCCCUGCACUACGCUCAGCAGAUGGUACCACACUUCUAAAAGAUAAAGAAGCUAUUGCACUGCGCUGGAAAGAACAUUCCCAACAUCUCCUUAUCUGCAACUCCCCUGUAGCUGCUGAGGUCCUCUCACAAAUUCCGCAAGAAGAAGUUAGAGAUGAGCUUGCAGUAUCUCCAAAUCUGGGAGAGUUGUGUAUAGCUAUUAACCAAAUGAAAAACAAGCCGUGAUCCUACUCUUUGUCAAAGGGAUACGCCCCACCAGAAUAGAAAUCAUAUAUGGUACAGAUGGAAACCUCUUUAAUCUGAGUGGACUGAAAGCAAAGAGUAAGGUUACUGUAACUUCCGUCAUAGAACUUCAGAGGAUGACCUCCAAACCAUCCUAAAUAUCUUUACAGAAGCUUAGCUUGGUCUAUCGCUCAACAUCCAAAAAACCAAAGUGCUGCACCAACAAGCAUAAAACAAUCCUUCUGCUGCGCCACAAGUCCAACUCAGUGGUGUAAUGUUGGAAAGUGUUGAUCACUUCUCCUACCUGAGCAGUUAUCUUUCCACAAGGGCUGACAUCGAUUCCUCGAAAGAUUCCAUCAACGGUAUCUCCGAAAAAUGUACUGGCAGAAGCAAAGAUCACCAGCAUCGAAGCGAUGGUUCUUCAACAUCAACUUUGUUAGACUGGUCAUGUUGUGCGGAUGCCUGAUGAUCGUCUUCCAAAGCAACUAUUCUAUUCCCAACUUAAAAACGGAAAGCGUAAUGUUGGUGGUCAACAAAAGAGGUUUAAAGACUGUCUCAAGGCAAAUCUAAAAAAAUGUAGUAUAAACACCGACAAUUGGGAAACACUGGCCUGCGAGCGCUCUAGUUAGAAAACAGCCUUUACCAAAGGUUUCAUGGGCUUUGAAGACACUCGAACUCAGGACGCAAGGGAGAAACGUGCUAAGAGGAAGGCAUGCCGGGCAAAUCUACACCAUGAUCAACAACUGCCCAGAAACCUAUGUCCCCACUGUGAAAGGAUGUGUGGAUCCAGAAUUGACCUCCACAGUCACUUACGGACUCACUGUUAGGAUCGCAUUCAUAGAAGACAAUCUUACUCAGAUGCGAGUGAUUGCCAAAGAAGAAGAUAUAUAACCUGAAGAGUUUGUUUAGAUUAGGUCCUAGAGAUAGAAAUUUUCCCCCGGACUUCAUAUCUGAUGAAUUAGGUACAAAUUUUAAAAUCCCUCCAUCCUUUCCCUCCACGUUAUAAAAAGACCAAAGGCAACUUACAUCUUAAAACUGAGUUUCAUAAGCCGCAUUCCAGACCAGAACUCAGAUUUUGGAGCCAAAUGGUAAAGGUUUGACACUCAGCUUUGUAAUAAUAAUAAUAAUAAUAAUAAUAAUAAUAAUAAUAAUGUUAUAAUUUGUACCCCGCCCAUCUGACCGGGUAGCCCAAGCCACUCUGGGCAGCUUCCAGCAAAAUAUAAAAACACUAAGUCAUGCAUCAAACAUUUAAAACUUCCCUAUCCAGGGUUGCCUCCAUGUGUCUUCUAAAAGUCAGAAAGCUGUUUGUCUACUUGACAUCUAAUGGGAGGGUGUUCCGCAGGGCAGGUGCCUCUACUGAGAAGACACUCUGCCUGGUUCAGUUCUCAUUGCUGAAUUCCCCCAGGAGGUUUUGGAAUCCAUAGGCUGGACUUGCGCACUUAGAAAAUUGAGUUUUUGAUUCAAGGCCACUCAUCCUGGAUUUGAUGUGUAUUUCUUUUUUUGCGGGGGGUGCUGUUAGUCUCCGGUGGAUCACGUGAUGAGCGCCGAGGCCUCUUUCAGAAACGAGUCACGAGGAGCAAGCUUUAAUCUGCAUACCCUGGCAGAAUGCAAUACACAAUGCACACAAUCUGAUGUGUUCUCAUUCAGAAGCUGUUUCCAUGAAAUGCGGGAAAAAGCACCCAUAUUAGCUCUUUUAAUCUGCAUCUUUAUUCUCAGUACUUUAAUUUUGCAAUCCUGAUUCCACACCUUUCUUUGAAACCGGGAGGGAUGGGAACUGUGUUUUUGGAACAGGGACCCUGCUUAGGAUAUACAGGUCACCGAGGGGCCUGACCCUGAACAAUUGUUUGCAUUCCAGAAAUAGAAUUUAGGGGGUCACAGACUGAACGUGUUCAUCAUGACCUUACCAUCUACAAAAUGGAACACAGAGAGAGAUAAAACCCUUCCUUAAAUUGGUAUGUGUCUGUGAAAAUUAAGCAGUCUCCAUUUCAAUUUUAGCACUUGCAUGAGUUCACUAGUUUGCCUUAGACAGCCAUUCCCUCUUCAGCUUGGGGUUUAAGAAGCUGCCCAGCCUUCCAGGGUUGUUGUAAUGAUUACAAGAAGAUGGGGGUACGUGGAAUGCUUUGAAGGCUUGAAAUACUACAUAGACUUGGGUCAAGUCGUAUUGUGUGAGUGCAAUGGAGGAAGGGGAGAUUUUGCCUGUUGCUCAGUCUUCAAGCGCUGUUGGGGAUGUGCACAAGUGGACAUGUUAAGAAUGUUAGAGCAUUUUGGGCUUGGAGACUCUGCAGAUUGCCUAGGCGGUGUGCAAAAUGGAUGCGGAAGCUUUGCAAAAUUCCCCAGGGCAGUGUACAAAACAUCUCCGAUCCGUUCGUUCACAUUCCCCAUCUUCCAUUGCAGAUGAGCCAAAUUGACUGUACAAAAAUUCAAAAUCCCCCCAUUGACCCAGUUAGCGUUAUGAACUCUCGUGCCCACGCGAGUCCCCUGGGUUUGUGCUUGUUCACAAGCCAACUCGCAUUCACCCCAGUGGUUGCCCUGCAGAUAUUGUUGGACUACAACUCCCAGCAGCAAGUCCAAAGGGGAGGGAUGGCAGGAAUUGGUAGUCUGGCAACCUCCUAUGGGCUAGCUGUGGUGCAGGAUCACAGAUAACCUGCAAAAGUUGUUGUUGUUUAGUCAUUUAGUUGUGUCCGACUCUUCGUGACCCCAUGGACCUGAGCACGCCAGGCACUCCUGUCUUCCACUGCCUCCCGCAGUUUGGUCAAACUCAUGUUCGUAGCUUCGAGAACACUGUCCAACCAUCUCGUCCUCUGUCGUCCCCUUCUUCUAGUGCCCUCCAUCUUUCCCAACAUCAGGGUCUUUUCCAGGGAGUCUUCUCUUCUCAUGAGGUGGCCAAAGUAUUGGAGCCUCAGCUUCACGAUCUGUCCUUCCAGUGAGCACUCAGGGCUGAUUUCCUUCAGAAUGGAUAGGUUUGAUCUUCUUGCAGUCCAUGGGACUCUCAAGAGUCUCCUACAGCACCAUAAUUCAAAAGCAUCAAUUCUUCGGCGAUCAGCCUUCUUUAUGGUCCAACUCUCACUUCCAUGCAUCACUACUGGGAAAACCAUAGCUUUAACUAUACAGACCUGCAAAAGGAGACAUCUGUUAUUCGCUCCUUUGGAUGCUGUCGGUUACCAUAGGCGAGCAACCUCUUGACCAUUGCAAAACAAAGGACUUUUGCGUUUGUCUAGUUACUGCCAUGUAAACCUGUCACAAAGGACCAGAAGGAAGAACCUCAUACCUGAAGGGUGGGCCCUAACUUUAAAAGUGGAUCAGAGAAAUCCAUGGAGCAGAGGGCUUUUCAAUGGCUUCUAGCCACAGUGACCAUGCUCUGCUGCCACAGCGGGAUGCAGCAAUGCUUCUGUUGCUGAAAACCACAGGAGGGGAGAGUUGCUCUUGUGUUCGAAUCCUGCUUGCAUGUUUCCCACAGACAUAGGGUUGGCCCCCAUGAGAGUAUCUAGUUGGUCCCUGUGGACUGAUCCAGCACCCUCUUCUUAGGCUUUUUACCUGCGGCCUGAUCGUGUGCAUGUUCACACCAAAGUUGCCCCACCCCGUUCAAUGGGGCUAGAUAAGUUGGCUUUCUGACAUCUGGGAAACCCUGCUAUAGACCCCGGGUCAUUAUGGGAUGGAUGAUUCAGCAUCAGAAACAAAUUGACAAUAAGCAAGUGUCCUCCCCCCCCCAAAAAAAUACCCAAAGCUAGCUUGACAGCACCAGUCCGCCUUCUAUGCAAGAAACAGAUACGACAUCCAUCCACCCCACUUUCCUCUCUAGGUUUUCCGGCACAAACAAAGUUUGUGGAGGGAGAAAGAUUGUUUUCUGCUGCUCCAGAGAAGCGGGCACGGAGCAAUGGAUUCAAACUUCAAGAAAUAAGAUUCCACCUAAACAUUAGGAAGAACUUCCUGACAGUAAGAGCUGUUCGGCAGUGGAAUUUGCUACCAAGGAGUGUGGUGGAGUCUCCUUCUUUGGAGGUCUUUAAGCAGAGGCUUGACAGCCACAUGUCAAGAAUGUUUUGAUGGUGUUUCCUGCUUGGCAGGGGGUUGGACUGGAUGGCCCUUGUGGUCUCUUCCAACUCUAUGAUUCUACUUCCUGCAUUCUUAAAAGAGCUGUGACGCUCACAGAUCUCCCUUGGUCUUCUUUUGAGAUUGGAACACUCGAAGGGGUGGAAUUGUUUAUUGCCCUAUGGUAGGCUUCUUCAACGUGGCUCCUCACCCCGGGUCAUAACUGCCAGCAGCUGACAUUUGCAAGACAUCUAGAGGGCAGCGUGGUGGGGAAGGCUUCUCUGUGGCUUGGAAGGGAAGACAUUCCCCACCUUCUCCAAAAGGAAUGUGCAUUCCUGGACCUCUGGUACCAGUAAGUUUUGAGGGGCACUCCUGGUGCACUGUUUUGUUGACUAACAUCACGAAACCUGUGUCAGACAUAACCUGUUCUGUGUAUCCGAAAUGGCACUGAAAGUGCAUUUUGGGGCUAAGGAUACACAACAGGAGAGAAUCUUUGCUUAUGGCACUAAUACAUGCAUGUUCCGUUUAUCCCGCUCUUGCCUCUGGUCAAAUAGUCUGUGCAGGUUUCCGAAGCACCGUAGCACAAACCUACCAGGCCUGUUUGACCAAGCUGGAAGUAGGGAGAAUGUACAUUGCCACGAACAGCGCUUCCUCUUCCUAACCCCUUUCAUUCCUUGUGCCUAAAAGGCAUAAAAAUAUUGACUAAGGGGUUCAUAUUAUGCCCAGUUUGUUGUCUUGAAUAAAGUUCAAUAACAACAACAGCCGUUUAUUGUGAGGACCAUGCCUGUACACAAAUAUCAACACAACAAUAAUUAAAAAUGUUAAAAUUCAUUACAUACUAUCCCAACAAAACCUUCAUCCCACAAAACAGGAAGAGAAGGAAAACAAGCAACAAGUUAAACAGACGAUGAAGGGGUCUUUACUUUAUCAUCCAUAAAUCUUUCCCUGGCUUUCAUGGCCUUCAUCACAAAGACCGCUACCACAUGGGUAAUUCGUGGGUUAGCAUCAACUAACAAAAAUUUUACUCUGAUCUUCAGGAUUGAUUAUAGAGUUGGGUAUAAUUUGCAGCAUCGCGUCUCUACAGCCCGAGUAAAUGGGGCAAUAGAGGAGGUAAUGUACAAGAUCCUCUUUAAUUUUCAUGAAGCAAGGGCAUAAACGGUGUUCUGCUGGGAUUUUUGUAAAUCUACCGGUCAGGUAUGCAGUUGGCAAUGUUUGAAACCGGGCCAUAGUGAAAGCUCUCCGAAGGGUAGGAUCAGUGAUAUCCACCAGGUAGUUGGCACAGAUUUUGACUGCUUUUACUCGGGGGAACCAGUAGGAAAACCCAGCAUUUUUUUUAUCUUCGUGGUGUCUAAAAAGGCGACUUUUUCAAAGAUCCAUUCCUGAACUUUAUCAGGGCUCCACAGUUUGAGAGUAUUAAACUCGGGUAGAUUGUAUCUGGAUUCAUAUUAUGGGAAGCAGCUGCUUUAAAUUUUGAUUCUGGUCCUCAGUGAUUUGUGUAGCCUUGUGUGUGUGUGUGUGUGUGUGUGUGCUACCUUGCUCCAAUGAACAUGUGUGCAAACAUUUUUUGCUUUCCCAGUGGCUGGCUUUGCCACAAAGCAAGAUACCUUUUCGGGGGUUUUGUGCAGGUCUCGGGUAUAGGAGCCUGAUUCCCAAAGAGGCGCAGGGGCUUCACUCUUCCUGGGAAGCACACAACCUGCCAUGAAAAGCCAUCCCUGCUCCUUAAAUCCUGUGCGUUGAGAAUAUGCUGUGGGUGCCCAGUGGCGUGCGCUCUGCACAUGUUCAGAGGCAUUUCCCCCUCCCACAAUCGAUUCACAUAUCCCAGGACUCGGCUGUGACAUCGUAUGGAUUUCCUGGGCUGAGGCUCGACACGGAAUGAAGCCCAGGGUGGGUACCGAAAAGGGAACAUUUGGGUAUUUGUGGAAUGUGGUUCCCACAUCAUCACCAAAUAUAGCAACUGAUGUAAUGGGGGAAGCAUUUCUGAAAACCUCCACGGUCUGCCUUUGCAGUGUUGCGCUUGUGGUUGUUGUUGUAGUUGCAUGGAAAACACAUUAAGCAGAAUGACUUUGGAGCAGAAAAGGCUGGUGCUAGCAAGUCUCUCCAGUGACAUCCCACUCCCCCCCCCCCAAUCUCAAAGUUUUAACUCUCUUACCUCCUUGGCUGCCGAAGACUUACUGUAAAUAUUGGUAUAUAUCGCCUCCUCUGUACAUAACGCCCUCGAGUCUUGAUUGUCGAUAAUGGAUUUAAUGGCAUAUUUUUAUAUACUUGUUUAAGUUUUCACCGGCACGAGCGAGGGUGCCGACACAAAAGUUUUUAAGUUAUGAUGACAACUCUUUAAGCGUUGGAUUGAAAGACGAGGACAAAACAGGGAAGAGCAAAGAAACAGAACAACAUUCCUUGCCCAAAAUGUUACCAAUUCCAGUGAGAUGUUAACAAUUAUUAGUCCUGGGGUUUUAUUUUUUUUCCUUUUUCGUCACUGUGGGUUCCUAGUCAUUAAAAGUCACUGGUGUCAGAACCCA